CAGGGAAGCGCUCUCGGGAGGGACACGGGCAAGGCCAGGGCGGCUUCCCGAGCCCGCGGCGACGGACACGGCCCCGCUCCCAUCCCGCUGACUCCUUCCCCGGCACAGCCCCACAGGGCUCCCGGACCCCACCAUGGACGAGUGGGACCUCCCACAGUGGAAGAAGGAGGUGGAAAGCCUCAAGUACCAGCUGGCCUACAAGAGGGAGAUGUCCUCCAAGACAAUACCUGAGUUUGUGAAGUGGAUCGAGGACGGCAUUCCCGAGGAUCCCUUCUUGAACCCGGAGCUGAUGAAAAACAACCCCUGGGUGGAGAAAGGCAAAUGCACCAUCCUCUGAGGGGUCCCCCCUGUGCUGCCCCUGCUGAAUGUACUUUUUUUAUUAGUUAGUUCCAAUAUGAGAACCUGAACAAAA